CUAUAAAUUCUCCAAUUAACUUGGUAGUACUACACAAUCUCAAGGUGUUUCCUUAAGCUUUAGCAUUCGCUUUACACACACACACACACACACAGAGAGAUGGAACUCUGUGAACAUGAUCAUUUUUUGGAAGAAUUACUGGCCGUGAGAAGGGAAACAUGGGACGCCAUCCCAUCCGAAUCAAACCAACUCUUCUCUAAUGGCUGGGGUUUUGAUGGUUUUGAUCAAAACUCUCUACCUUUUCUUCCAAACUCUUCCUGUCAAGAAAUUCCUCAGAGUUACCCCAACAACUACGCCUUCAAUGAAAUCUACAGUUCCUUGCUUGAUGAAUUCUCUGCUCCCCAGAAUGUUGAUUCGUCUUCUUCAUCAUAUAACGUUCUUGACACUCCUGUUCUGGGUCAAGAAGAUUACCCAUUGUCCAUGAUGGAGGAAUUGGACGAUCCGGGUUUACUUGGAGAUGAACUCCAGAGUUUGGACCUGCAAGCCCCAUGCAAAAUAGAGCCAAGUCAGUCCCCUGAAAUGCCAAUUUUCAACAUGGGUGAUGCGUCUUUGGAAAGAAAGAAUCGAGCAAAGAAGCUUCAGGGCCAACCCUCCAAGAAUCUAAUGGCUGAGAGGAGGAGAAGGAAGAGGUUAAAUGAUCGCCUUUCAAUGCUGAGAUCAAUUGUCCCCAAGAUAAGUAAGAUGGACAGAACAUCUAUCCUCGGAGACACUAUAGACUACAUGAAAGAACUCCUGGAGAAGAUCAACAAAUUGCAAGAAGAAUUAGAGGUGGAUUCAAACAUGGGGGGCAUUUUGGAGGAUGCAAAGCAAAAUGAAAUCUUGGUGAGAAAUACACCCAAGUUUGAAGUGAAGAGGAGGAAUGAGGACACACAGAUUGAAAUUUGCUGUGCAGGAAAGCCAGGACUGUUGCAAUCUACAAUGAACACUCUGGAAGCAUUUGGUCUUGAGAUUGAACAAUGUGUGAUAAGUUGUUUCAAUGAUUUCACUGUGCACGCUUCUUGCUCUGAGGAACAGGAAUCGGAGCAGAGUACAGUACUGAGUUGUGAAGAUAUAAAGCAAGCGCUAUUUAGGAGCGCAGGGUAUGGGGGAAGAUGUUUGUAGCUUGCAAGAAGGGAAGAGAGGAAAAGCGCUUCAAUAUAUGAAGACUGUUUCUUUAUAGCAAAAGUUAAAGUUCCAAUUUUUUAGCCCUUGAUCCAAGGAAAUAAAGCGGUUUCUUCAGCAGGAGUUUAUCAUUUCCUUCAAGGGGACACGUCUCUAUUAAUUCUCUCAGAUGCCUCACGAAGGACAUUUUGAUGAAACUAGUGUAAUUAAUGUUAUGGAUCUUGCGCAUUCCAUUCUCUGGCAAACUUCAACAAAUUCCAAGGACAAGACUUUCAAGGAUGUCUCGGAAAGUUUAAAUUCCUCUACCACACAUUUUCACUUAUCAAGAUGAGAUUAAAUCUGCUCAUGUUCAUCAAAAAAAAACUCGUCAAUGAGUUCGGUUGUUCAACUGUAUCAUGUUCAGUAAGACGAUGCAUAAAGAAGGUCAAAAAUGUUAGACACAACGAGAGGGUAAAGUUCGAUCUUUUUUUGUCUCUGUUCCUUCCACCUCUGUUUGUUUUAUAUUUGUGUGUAACUUUUACGUAUAACGACGUUUUUCCCCCACUGCUGAAUGAUGUGACAGAGCAAGUCUAACAUGCCAAUAUCUACAACUUCAUUUGGUCAAUUAUUUUGUUUGUACUCU